CGGCAAGAAUGGCGCCUGCGCACUGGGGUAUGUGAGCAUGGUGUCGCGGAGAGUGGGAACUGGUUACUGGAGCUAAGGAUGGGCUUGUUUUGGAGCAACUGGUCCGGACGAGAGCCUUCACGGUGCUGCUGAUCGCGGGAGCGAGAGGGGCCCGGGCUGUGGGCCGCGCCGGGUACCGGUCGGGGCUGAAAGCUGCCAGGCUGGCACACAGAAGACGCAUGGCGCCGGCUUGCGCGACGGGAUCGGUGGCAGCGGAAUUAAGGAACCGCACUCAAGAUGAAUUUAAAAGAAUUCUGCAAAAGCGUAUCAUGGUGCUGGAUGGAGGGAUGGGUACCAUGAUUCAGCAAUGUAAACUUGACGAAGAUGAUUAUCGUGGUGAGGAAUUCAAAGAUCAUCUUCGGCCGUUAAGAGGGAAUAAUGACCUUCUCAGUAUAACACAAGCAGACAUUAUCUGCAGAAUUCAUGAGGAGUAUUUGCUGGCUGGAGCAGACAUCGUGGAGACAAACACCUUCAGUAGUACGAGAGUUGCACAAGCUGACUAUGGAUUGGAGCAUUUGGUUUAUCGACUAAACAGAACUGCAGCAGAGCUGGCCAGGAAGGUGGCUGAUGAUGUAGGAGCACAAACAGGUAUCCGAAGAUUUGUGGCUGGGGCAAUAGGACCAACCAACAAAACACUGUCAGUAUCACCAUCUGUGGAGAGACCAGACUACAGAAACAUAACAUUUGAUGAGUUAGUUGAAGCUUAUGAAGAACAGGCCAGGGGCUUACUUGAUGGUGGGGUUGACCUUCUCCUAGUGGAGACCAUCUUUGAUACAGCAAAUGCAAAGGCUGCCUUGUUUGCCAUACAACAGUUGUUUGCAGAGCAGUAUGAGCCCAGGCAUAUUCUAAUUUCUGGAACAAUAGUGGAUAAGAGUGGGCGCACUCUUUCUGGUCAGACAGCAGAAGCAUUUGUCGUCAGUGUAUCUCAUGCAAAACCACUUUGCAUAGGAUUAAAUUGUGCUUUGGGAGCUGUGGAAAUGAGACCAUUCAUAGAAGCAAUUGGAAAAUGCACAACUGCCUUUGUGUUAUGCUAUCCCAAUGCAGGGCUUCCCAAUUCAUUUGGAGGAUAUGAUGAAACACCUGAAAUCACAUCAAAGCACCUUAAGGAAUUUGCCAUGGAUGGGCUGGUGAACAUCGUUGGAGGUUGUUGUGGAACAACUCCAGCUCACAUCCGGGCAAUAGCAGAAGCAGUACGGAAAUGUAGGCCAAGAAUUCCUCCUCCUUCUGUUUUUGAAGACUUCUUGUUGCUGUCUGGCCUUGAACCUUUCAGAAUUGGUCCAUACACCAACUUUGUCAACAUUGGAGAACGCUGUAAUGUGGCAGGAUCUAAAAAGUUUGCUAAACUUAUAAUGGCAGGUAAUUAUGAGGAAGCCUUGAAUAUAGCAAAGAUCCAAAUCAAUAAGGGAGCUCAGAUCCUGGAUAUCAACAUGGAUGAUGGAAUGUUAGAUGGCAAGAGUGCUAUGGUCAGAUUUUGUAACCUUGUCUCAACAGAGCCAGAUGUUGCCAAGAUCCCAGUUUGUAUAGAUUCUUCUAAUUUCAGUGUGAUUGCAGCAGGCUUAAAGUGUUGUCAAGGCAAAUGCCUUGUUAAUAGUAUCAGUCUGAAGGAUGGAGAAGACGACUUUCUGGCGAAAGCACGAAUAGUUAAACAAUUUGGAGCUGCUGUUGUGAUAAUGGCAUUUGAUGAAAAAGGGCAGGCUACUGAUAUUGAUUCCAAAGUGGCAAUAUGCACUAGAGCCUAUUAUUUGCUUGUGAACAAAGUCCAAUUCAACCCUAAUGAUAUAGUAUUUGAUCCAAAUAUACUCACUAUUGGAACUGGAAUGGAGGAGCAUCGUCUCUAUGCUGCAAACUUUAUCAAAGCUACUUCAAUUAUAAAGGGAACACUACCUGGCGUCAAAGUAAGUGGAGGUCUUUCAAAUCUGUCCUUCGCGUUUCGUGGAAUGGAGGCAAUCCGAGGAGCCAUGCACAGUGUGUUCCUUUAUCACGCCAUCAAGGCAGGGAUGGAUAUGGGAAUUGUGAAUGCAGGGAACCUGCUUGUUUAUGAUGACAUAGACAAAGAACUUCUCGAGUUAUGUGAGAAUUUGAUCUGGAACAAAGACCCUGAUGCUACUGAGAAAUUGCUCCAUUAUGCACAGAAUCAUGCCAGAAGUGGAAAAAUCGUAGUAGCCACUGAUGAAUGGAGGAAUGGUACCGUUGAGGAACGUCUUGAAUAUGCUCUUGUUAAGGGUAUAGAGACGUACGUAAUCGAAGAUACAGCAGAAGCAAGAGCCAAUCAGCACAAGUACCCCAGGCCCCUGCAUAUAAUAGAAGGCCCUCUGAUGAAUGGCAUGAAAACGGUGGGGGAAUUGUUUGGAGCAGGAAAGAUGUUUCUUCCACAGGUCAUUAAAUCUGCUCGUGUGAUGAAGAAAGCUGUCAAUUAUCUUAUCCCUUUCAUGGAGCAGGAGAAAGAGAAAGUGUUGAUGCAGACGGGACAUUCUGAAGAAGCUAGCCCAUACCAAGGAACCAUUGUGUUAGCCACUGUCAAGGGGGAUGUUCAUGACAUUGGCAAGAAUAUUGUUAGUGUGGUGCUAGGCUGCAACAAUUUCAGAGUAAUUGACUUGGGUGUUAUGACUCCAUGUGAUAAAAUACUCCAAACUGCUAUCGACUAUAAAGCAGAUAUUAUUGGCCUGUCUGGUCUUAUCACACCAUCUUUGGAUGAAAUGAUACAUGUUGCUAAGGAAAUGGAACGGAUAGGUUUGAAAAUGCCUUUGCUAAUAGGUGGAGCAACAACCUCAAAAACACACACAGCUGUCAAAAUUGCACCAAGGUACAAUGCACCAGCAAUUCAUGUUCUCGAUGCUUCUAAAAGUGUUGUUGUGUGCUCUCAACUUCUAGACGAUGACCUCAAAGAUGACUACUUUGAGGAAGUAACUGAAGAAUAUGAAGAGAUUCGACAUAAUUAUUAUGAGUAUUUAAUGGAGAGAAAAUACUUAACUUUAGAGCAAGCCAGGAAGCAAGCAUUUCACAUCGACUGGCUCUCCUAUCCUAAACCAGUAAAGCCAAUGUUCAUUGGCACCCAAUCCUUUAAUGAGUAUGACCUAUGGAGACUGACAAGCUACAUUGAUUGGAAACCUUUCUUCGAUGUUUGGCAACUGAAAGGGAAGUACCCAAAUCGGGGAUUUCCUAAAAUCUUUAAAGACAAAACAGUGGGUGAAGAAGCCAAGAAGCUUUUUCAAGAUGCACAGAAUAUGAUGAACAAACUGAUCGAAGAGAAGAAGUUGAAGGCCAGAGGAAUUAUAGGGUUCUGGCCAGCUCAGAGUGUUGGGGAUGACAUAUACUUGUUUAAAGAGGAUAAUUUCCCUCGCAAAGGUGAACCUGUGGCAAAGUUUUAUGGCUUACGACAACAGGCAGAAAAAGACUCCUUUAGUACAGAAAAGUACUGCUGUAUUUCCGACUUCAUUGCACCCAGGGACUCGGAUGUGCCAGAUUACAUCGGCAUGUUUGCGGUUGCGUGCUUUGGUGCUGAGUUGCUGAGCAAACAGUACGAAAAGGAGGGUGAUGACUACAGCAGCAUAAUGGUGAAAGCUCUGGCCGACAGACUGGCUGAAGCCUUUGCUGAAGAAAUGCAUGCAAGAGUCCGUAAGGAAUUUUGGGGCUAUUCUCCUGAUGAGAACCUCACUGUUGCAGAUUUGCAUCGAAUCAAGUAUGUGGGAAUCCGCCCGGCUCCAGGGUACCCAAUCCAGCCGGAUCACACUGAAAAGAUAACAAUGUGGAAGCUGGCUGAAGUUGAGGAGAGCACAGGCAUUGCGAUGACUGAAUCCUUGGCCAUGACUCCUGCAGCUGCAGUCUCGGGGCUUUACUUUUCCAAUCCGGAGGCUACAUAUUUUGCAGUGGGAAAAAUUACAAAGGAUCAGGUUGAAGAUUAUGCCACCAGAAAGCAAAUGAAAGUAGAGGAUGUAGAGAAAUGGCUUAGACCUAUUUUGGGAUAUGAUACAGAUUCAUGAUACCUUCUGAUGGUUUGUCUUGACUGAGCACAAUUUGCUAAGUUAAUCAUGAAGCCAGAGAAUGUUGCAGAUACUCAGCUGGCAAGAACUCAGCGUGGAGGGAAAUAAACAGUCAAUAUUUUGGGCCAAGUCUCUUCAUCCGGACUGGAAAGAAACCAGGCAGAACCCAGAAUGGGAAAGUGGAGGAAGGGGAGUUGCACAAGGUGACUGGUGAGAGGGGAGACCAAAUGACGGGGAAGGUGGAUGCAGUGGGGGUGGGGGAAGGGGGAGAUGAUGCAAGUCUGUUGGGGUCAUUUAUCGCAUGCAUUGUUCCCACCUGUACAUCGGUGAGUCCCAGUUCAAUCUGUCAUUCCUGCACCAAUACAACUAGGGCCUCUUCUGCUAUGAUGAAGCUAAACACAGGCUGGAGGAGAAAUACAUCAUAUUUUGUUUGGGUUACUGCCAACCUGAUGGCGUGAACAUUGAUUUCCCCAAGUUCCUGUAACCAGUCCACUCUAUUUUACAUGCCCACAGACAGACAUACUUUAUUGAUCCCGAGGGAAAUUGGGUUUUGUUACAUUCGCACCAACCGAGAAUAGUGUAGAAUUAUAGCAAUAUAAAACCAUGACUAAUUUAAUAAUAAUAAGUUAAAUCAUGCCAUGUGGAAAUUAGUCCAGGACCAGCCUAUUGGCUCAGGGUGUUUGACACUCUGAGGGAGGUGUUGUAAAGUUUGAUGGCCACAGGCAGGAAUGACUUCCUAUGACACUCAGUGUUGCAUCUCGGUGGAAUGAGUCUCUGGCUGAAUAUUUCCCUAUUCCCCUCCCUAUUUCUGCAUUUCCCCCAUUUUGGUGAUACUCUCUUCCCUUGUUCUCCCAACACAUUAUUCCCUUCAGCUUCCCUACCUCCUUCCCUACAUUCCAUGGUUCACUGUCCUCUAUCAUGUUCCUUCUACAGCUCUUCCACUUACCACCACACACCCCCAUCACCUCCACACCACUUUAUUAUGGCUUCUGUCCCCUUCCUUUUCGGGUCCUGAUGGAGAAUUUCAGCCCAAAAUGUCAAUGGUUUAUUUCCCUCCAUCGAUACUGCGUGACGCAGUUUCCCCAACAUUGCUCAAGGUUUCCAGCAGCUGCAGAAUAUAGUUUCUUAGACAUAGUCUUCCUCACCAAUGGUGCUGACACUGUUAAUGAUGUUGCAAGGAAAAAGACUUUAGCACAGAAAUUUGGAACAAUGGUUCUGAACUUAGUGGAAUUUUCAUGAAACCUUAAUAUGUUUAAGAAUGGAAUUAAACAACAUGGUAAGAAUCUGCUUUAUUUUCCCUUUCUCAUUUGCACCCCCUCCCCCAUGGACUAUAAUAUUACCAACAGGUACUUCAUCUUCAGAGAUCAAGAAACAAUCUACCAAGAUGAAGGGGUGUGAGGAAAACUGAAAUAAGUAGGUUAUACUGCAGUUACAGUUUGAACUGCAAGUUGUGUUAGGUUUCUUAUAAUCUUUAGGUUAGAAUUCUCUCUCUUUUAGGACAGGAACCUUAGUCAGUUUAAAUUGCUAAGUGUGAAUGAUCCUUCAGGAGACCUAAUUCAUUUGCCAGAAUGAGUGCUACCUUUGUGGCUCACUUUCUGAAACUCAUCUAAUUUGUCAGUACCUCCAGAAUUCUAUAUGAUAAGCUUAUCCUCUGGGGAAAAAAGUAGAACCAUUCAGCCAAUAAUCUUUCUCAUUUAGUUCUUCUACCUCGGAUUGGUAUUGGUACGUAUUCCUGAAAUAGAUCAGAUUUUAAACAACAAAGACGGUCAUUAUGGUACUGGUUAUGAUUCUCCCAAAUCAGCAGGGAUGACUUUUGAAUUGCUUUAGCUCAAAAGCAAAGAAGCAUUUUGCUCAUCAUUUAAUGUUCUACAUGAAAGUGUGCCUCAUUGUUGAAAGAACCAAGAAUGGUGGGAGAUGGGGAAACAAUCAUGGGAGACCUUCAAGAUCCAUCCAGUCACCAGGAUUCUAAAGGACAUCACUGCUUUGGUAUUUGAUACCCCUUCUGUGUAUUAACAAAAGUAUUGAUGGGUCAAAUUUCUGAAAAAAUCUCCAUUAUGGUCCUCUGGGUGGAAAAAAAGAAAUUUUUCCUCAGGUAGUUUCAAAACCUCUUAACUCCUUAAACCUAUAUACUUUUCUCCCCAUGGUAGCUUCUUCCCAUCUCUGAAUUGUGUAACUGCAAGUGCAGCUAGCU